AUGAACAACUCCAUGGUGGAUGCCAGGACCACCAGUGGCAGUGUGUGUCCUGAGCCAACAGGUAAGCCCCCCAGCAAGCUCACCUGGAAAGACCUCUCACCAACCAAGCAGAGAAACCUCUCCCAAAACAGCAGCAGUGGAGGUUCUUCGGGUGAUGAGAACCCCACUAGUGGUGUUAUUUGGGGGGAGGGUAGUGAGGUCAACAAAAACCAGCUGGUCACAUGGAAGCAAUUGUCACCAACUAAGCUUUCACCCCCUGCAGAUUGUGAGCCAGAUAGUGGCUAUUCUUCGAAUGAAGUCAACCUUAAGACAAAGGAGGCUUCAGAAGGCAGCAACUCGUUUAUCACGGCGUCGCAGAAGCCCAUGAAGACUAGUUCUGGUAGCACAAGUAAUGAAUCACCAGAGGAUGCUCUGGAAUAUUUCUAUGAUGAAGAUUUUUCUGUCCAGUUUGAGCCCAACUUGAGCAAUCCCCCAAUGGAUAUUGGAGACAUUGGGCGUGAUGAGAUGUUCAUUCUUCCACAAAUGCUAAAUGGUAGUUAUCUGAGCUUCGAGUCGUUAAAGUCCUCGUCUGAUGCUAACCCUACACCAUUUGAAGACCAAUGCGAGUUGGAGUUUUCUGAUAACCAAAACUCAAUGGAAAUCUCUACCAGUGAAAGAGACAUGUUGUGCUCAAGUGAAAUGCUAGAAUUGAGUAGUGACCCACUGUUUACUCCAACUCCAACCAGUGAGGCACCACCUUGUCACCUACUCAAUGACAGCCUUGACCGUGCUGUAAGGAAUGCUGAGCUUCAGGGUAGCAAGACAUCUGUAGAUGCCCUCCAUUCAGAUGAUGGACAAUUGGCGAUGGAUUGCCACCUUCGAAAAGAAAAUUAUUGCUUAUCGUUUGUUGGCUCACAGAGCAAAAACAGUAAUUCUGAUGUUGACAUUUCAGUUGCUGCAUCCCAGGGGCCUGAAUCCGAUGACAGUGAUGGAAGGACCAACCCAAGCUCUGCCUCUUCAGCAGAAGAAGCUGAAGAAGUGUGCUCCAAUAGUUUUCACUUCUGCCGACAUGAAGAUGUUCCAUCUAAUUAUUCAACCGCCCUGCGUGUUAUGCGCACAGAACAUGGGGCAAAGUCACGUUUGGUAGGUCGCCUCUCAUCAUUGCCGGAACAACCUCAAGAGAUUGAUCAAGAAUCCACCUCAUCAGGCAUGUCUGAAUGCAGCAGUCAGGGACGGAUUACAUCACACAGUUUGCCUCGUAAUAGUUGCAGUUUCCAGACCUUUAGCUCCCUGAAGAAUAAGGUAAAUUUAUCAGAACGUCCAAAGACAAUGGUGUCCUGGAAACAAAUAAAGAAUAUGUAUCGCAAGGGAAAGCAAAUGCCCAAACCAACUGACAUAAAUGGUAAAAGCUCUAGUAUGCCAGAUUUAUGUCUGCAUACAUGGCAGAAAGUAGCUGCCGAACGCAAGAAAGAGUUGGAGAGUAGUGAAGAAGAAAAAGGCGAGAACAAGCGCUACUCAGCCACUCUUGUUGAAAUGUAUCAACGGAUGAAAGCCAUGGGUAAAACCCUUUCUCCAGAUAUCCACAUUCCGGGCUGGUCACCAAAUAGCAGUUUAUCAAGUCGACCUGGAAGUGGACAUUGGUCAGUGAACAGUGAUGAUAAAGGCUACAACAACUCUGCCAAAAGCCAUGAAGAUGGAUUUUCUCCAAUCUGCUUUGAGAAAACUGUGUGGGACACAUCAAACUCGCACUAUCACACUGUUACUGCUGUUAAUCUUCAAGAAAAUGCUGGACAGAGAGACCUCUACAACAAUUCAUUUGAGCUUAGAUCUACCUGUUACCAAACACCAGUGAAUUGCAAACGUUCCCAAGCUACAGCCAUCUCUCCGCAGUCAGUGAACGUAUGGUUGGGGACAAAGAAUUUCUCGGCUCAGUUUCCACCUCUCACAAGAGACUGUGGAGUUCAAACCUCUUUUGAUGAUGAGUGCUCCAUGGCAUCAGGCUUGAGGAGGAACUGCAAGCCACGUGUCCCUGAUGCAAAUUACUUGCCUAGGUGUCAUUGUCACAUGAUGGACAACAAUGAAAAAAAAACAGGAGAGAAUUUCCGAAUGCCUGGCAGGUUUGCACGUGAAGUUUUCUACUCCCAUCGGUCUUUGCCAGAUUUGAGUUUCUUGACCCUCCCAAGCCCAAAUCUUCAGGGUCUGCGGAGACACUCACUUGAAAAACAAGUUUUUAUCAAUCCUCGACUACAUAGAACAUCUUCAAAUAAUGAAGAAAAAGAAACUUUACAAGAACUUAAAAAACUGCAGAGACCAGAAGCUAUGCAUAUAUCAGGGCCUUUCUGUAGUCGACGCCCAGUCAUGUUCCGACCAAUUGGAGGCUCUCGGGGGGCCGACUGGCACUCAAGUAGUAGUGGUUUAAGCACCAGUUCAACUUCAUCUGGAAUUGAUCCUGGGUACCUUGAUUAUAGAUAUGGAAAUUUUGGGAGCAUCUCCAAUUUGCCAUGUUGUGCAGCAUUUUUGGACACAAGAUAUGUAUACAACAGUGCAGGCUUUGAGACCCUUCCACGUCUCAUACGACAACAGGAAGAAGAACCCCAACGUAAAGGACGCAUUCUUGAACGACGGUAUGAACGGUACCAGUACGAGAGCCACCCUGCCCAUGCGCGCCAGAAACCCUGGAAGAAGUGGAGCGCUGGCAGCUCCUCAACCUCAAGUGGCACUUCAGUGCAAACGGAGACGUUGUACAGUGUUGCCGAAGAGAAAACCCCAACCUCUCCUGAAAAGAGCAUGGAAGAGGAUAUUGAAAAUGGAGAAGAAUUUGGAAAGUGUCAAGGUGAAAACUACUAUGACAAUCAAAUAUUCGACGGCAAAAGCCAGUUGGAAGCUGCUGUCCAGCGUGUCCGUAUGCGCAAUACGGGGUUGACCCUAGCAGAAACGUACUGCCCGGAUAAACGCCCCCUGAAGUCCUGUCUGCGCAAACGUCAGAGGUCACUCUCCGACCCUUAUGGUCAGUCUGGAUGGGCUGAUAACAAGAGUUGCACAGUUGCUGCCAGACAGCACCGACAUUCAUAUGGCUGUGACCGUGACCGUAUGGCUGGUGCCGAUGGCCCUGAAGAUAGCAGAGAAGCAUUUGAUGCAAUUGCAGCAUCACCUGAUGAGAUGUCGCCUUCAAAUUGUAUUGGGAGUGGAAGUGCAGUGGCUAUUUCACCAAUGUAUGGAUCCAACAAUGUAUCAUGGAGUGAGAAGGAUAUGGCGCGUUCUAAGAAAAGCGUAAGCUUUGCUAGGGAAGUGUCAUUCCAUUCUCCUCCAUGUAGUCCCCAGGUAUCCCCACGACGACAACCUCUUCAGGGACGGCAGGUUCCUCAUGGUGGCUGCAAUAGCGCUCCUUCUACUGGAUACUGGAUGAAUAAUAUGGCUGCUCAACCAGCUUUUCCAGUUCCACGUGGUUUACAGAGCCAAGACGAGGAUUUAUCACAGAGAACACUGGAAGAAGAUCAAAGAUCACACGAAGAAGAUCAGCCAUCAUUGCCACAAAGAGCAAUGGAAAAGAAAAGAGCUUUGGAGAAAAAAUCAGUGUCCAAAGCUGCAGAAGCUCUGGUUGCACAUUUUUCUAAAAGCAAAGAUCCAUUUGAUAAGCUUCGGCUUGGUAGUUCAAUUGAAACUCCUGAAAUUGGUGAAUUAGUACUUUCCCAGUUGUGUCCUGCUGUUGCCCAGGUAAUAAAUGAUGGAUUGAAACCUUAUGAAUCGGGUUUACAUGUAUUUGGAAGAGUCCACAUUACUGUUUGGAGGGUGGCUGAAGCUUCUGCUGAACCUGGUCCUUCUACCAGAGCAAUUUGUGACAUUGUAAAGGAGCUGAAAAACAGACCAACCCUUGUGUCCAACAAACAUAGAUUUGAUGCCUUCAUCUUUGCUCUGUUGAAUUCUCGCCUGUUGGACUUUUGGUUGGGUUAUCUGCGCCACAAGGAUAACCUGAUUUGUCAUUUCUACAAUGCUGGUGCCCUGCUGCAGCAACUGUACAUCAGUGAUCUUGAGAAUGCUUAUGAAGAAAUGCUCCUCUCCUUACAGCCGCUGUCUGUCUUACCAUUCCAGCUUGAUCUGGACUUUGUCUCUGGAAACAGUUGCCAUGAGCCCCCCAAUGGCGAGUUCCUUCGUCUCCAAGACACAACCACUUCAUUGCCUGAUCUCCGGGCUGGUGUUCCAAUUCAUGGAUCACCAAAGUUCAGUCUCACAUCUGUCCGAUAUGAAGAGCUAACUGAAGAAAAUGCUCUUGGACAUUCUGCUGCAAAAGCCUGGAAAUGGUUAAGCAAUUCUACAGCCAGCGCCUUACCAAUUGCCAAGUCAGUUAUGGCCAAUGUUGCACAAAAAGUGACCCCUUCCAUCUCCAAGCUUAGCUCUUCAAUGAACAGAGCCACACUUGGAGACCCGGCAGAGACAAAAGUCACUGACAAUCUUAACAUGGAUGAAGUCUUGCUACAAGUACUUGACACUUGCCAUGAUGAAGAAGAUGAAUCCUUGUCAAGUGCAGACAACUCAACAUUACAAGGGUCCAGUGUUAAGUCUUUUACAGUGGAAGACCUGAAGUCUGCUGAAAAUAUUGAAGAGAAAGAGAUGUCAAAUUCAUUACCUAGAAAUCUGUUGAGUCUUCACUUAAUUACUCAAAUCCUCAGGACCAAUUCCGAAUGCCUGAAUACAGGCACUAGUGUUGGUCUCUUGGCCUGGUCCACUGUCAUCCCUCAUUUUACAGGUAUGUCCGAACAUUGA